AUCGUUCGCUCGUCGCUCUUGUCCUCGCUACGUCCACCGCUCGUUGGUGGCUCGUCGAUUCCCUUUACCCUUUUAUCUCCUGCUGCAGUCCGCCUAUCCCGCUUCCUCUCCAGGAAACGAUGCCGUCCUCCUCACGGCCGCACCGUUUCUCGCCGUGGCUUCAUCUCCCUCCUCGCCAUUUCCCGAUUGCCUCGUAGAUAGAGUCUUCUUAUCCUCACACCUCGACGUCUCGAAUCCACCGCCCCAAUUCCGUCUACCGUGCCGCUGCUGGUGGUCCAACCAUUCGCCAUGCCAGAACCCACCGUCCCUCCCGCCCCACCGAUGGCAUAUUCCCCCCUCCACUCCUCUCCGCACGAGAAACGAACCACCCACCACUCCCUCCGAUCCGAUAGAAGCCUAUCCCCCACGCCAGGCCGCCAUGCGUCGCUCACCCAGCCAUUCCGGCCCGCGGAGCCCGCGAGCCCUUCGACGGUGGUGACGAAACUCCCGCGAUCCAGCACCUCGUCCGGCAUCAGCAGCCCGUCGACCUCGUCGUUGGCGCCGCAUCCCGCGCCGCAGCCGCCCGUAAGCGUGCACCUACCGUACCAGGACUCGCGGGGGUCGCAUCAGACGGUGGAUGUGGAGAAGAGCGUGGUGGUGGAUCCGUUUCGGGGGGGUGCGCCGACGAGGAUGGCGGAUAUGUCAGCCGUGCGGUAUGCGGAUGAGGUGGAGAGUAUCGACAAGCGACUGGAGAGGAAGGUCGUGAGGAUAGUGUUCCAUCUCUCCCUCCUCAACCCCCUCCUCUCCCUCCUCUCCCUCCUCUGGACGCUCCUCGCCCUCCUCGCCCUCCUCGUCCUCCUCCCCCUCCGCCUCUGCGCCCACCAACCCUCCAUCCCUUCCGAUCUCAUCACCUUCCUCUCCCCCGUCCUCCUCGUCCACCUCCGCCUCGCCUUUUCCCGCGUCGCCCCCGACCGCUAUUCCCCCGCUGCCCUCGUCUCCGUCCUGCUAUUCGGCCCCGUCGUUGCCGGUGGCCUCGCCCUCGUCGCCUGGGUCGCUGCGGUGUUUAUGAUCUUCUCGGCGAUUAUUGGGGAGCCCGGAGGGAAGGAUGGGCCGAAUGAUGCGCAUGUGUUCGUGUUGAGUUUGCGGGAGAAGUGGGAGGCGUGGUUGCGGAAGGCGUUGAAGUGAUGCGCGAGACUGCGAUCUUUGAUUUUACGGACUACUGGGGACUCCUCCCUUCCCGAGUUUGACGACGCGUAUUCCUUCUGGUUCUUUGCACGACCUACGAAACGGAUUUCAAUCACCCCCGAACCACCUGUCCGCUCCAUUCGAGCCGACAUGCAUUCUCCCGCUUUCCUUCAGCAAUUCUCUUUCUCGAAACGAACCACGGCGAUGGAUGGAGUUUACUUCUCAGCAAUUACGGCAUAGGCACAGGGUCACAUAACUAGCAUUACACGGCGUCCAAUGGUGCUUGCAUCGCCGCCCU